ACUUUCUUUUAGAAGCCUUUAGUGCUGCUUGUUGGUACCCUGGGGGGGCUCCCAUCAGACAUUUUUCUCAUUGACAUUUGAAGAACUAAUUUAAUUCAAAAAAUGUCUGACCAAGCCAUCAGUUUCCUGAAGGAUUUCCUUGCUGGUGGAGUUGCUGCAGCUAUUUCUAAGACAGCAGUGGCCCCCAUUGAAAGGGUCAAAUUAUUGUUGCAGGUCCAGCAUGCCAGUAAACAGAUCACAGCAGACAAGCAGUACAAAGGAAUUAUUGACUGUGUUGUGAGAAUCCCCAAAGAACAGGGCUUCCUUUCAUUCUGGAGAGGCAACCUUGCAAAUGUGAUCCGAUAUUUUCCCACCCAGGCGCUUAAUUUUGCCUUCAAAGACAAAUACAAGCAGAUAUUCCUUGGUGGGGUGAACAAGCACACUCAGUUCUGGCGUUAUUUUGCUGGAAACCUGGCAUCAGGAGGUGCGGCUGGAGCUACAUCCCUCUGCUUUGUGUACCCACUGGACUUUGCCAGAACCCGACUGGCAGCUGAUGUGGGCAAAGCUCUCAAUGAGAGAGAGUUUACAGGCCUAGGCAACUGCAUUGCCAAGAUAUGGAAAUCAGAUGGCUUCAGAGGGCUGUACCAGGGGUUCAACGUAUCUGUCCAGGGAAUCAUCAUAUACAGAGCUGCCUACUUUGGAAUCUAUGACACAGCUAAAGGUAUGAUGCCAGAUCCCAAAAAGGUUCAUAUUGUUGUGAGCUGGAUGAUUGCACAGACAGUGACAGCAGUAGCAGGACUUGUGUCUUAUCCUUUUGAUACAGUCCGACGUCGUAUGAUGAUGCAAUCAGGUCGCAAAGGAGCUGAUAUCAUGUACAAAGGAACAAUUGACUGCUGGAGGAAGAUUGCAAAGGAUGAAGGUGGCAAAGCUUUCUUCAAGGGUGCCUGGUCCAAUGUAAUCAGAGGUGCCGGAGGAGCAUUUGUAUUGGUUCUAUAUGAUGAGAUCAAGAAAGUUGUUUAAAUUCAAUAAAAGUACUCUGUCAGUAUGUCUCCUUAGUCAGAGAAGCUACACCUGUUCAUCAAGGAGAAACAUUCAUCUUGGAGGUGGUCUAAUAGGUUUUGCAACCAAGUUAUAAAAACAAUGUCAAGGGACUAUACAAAGGAGUCAGUAUCAAGACAUAGACUGAACUCAUUGUAAUCCUUUGUUUUAGUUGCAGAAGAGUUUAAAUGCAUUAUUUGUACAUAUUUUCCUACACAUUCUUUCAAAUGUCAGAUGUUUCACCAAUACUAUACAUGAACAUUGUUAAAACUCAGUCUGGUUGGCUCAUGAACCAGAUAGCUGAAUACGUUUUCAUAAUAUGAAUUAAUAAAGAUUACUUUGUCACAUUUA